AAAUCUCCAUUUUUUCACUUGUUUUUUUAACCCUGUUUGUUCAGUUUUAAUAGGUUGGUUUUGAUUUGUUUGUUGCUGAGAAAUGGUGUUUUUCUAUGUUUGGGAUGGGUUGUUUAGCGGAAAGAGAAGAUUUUGAGCGGUGUUAGCGUCUGUAACUGCUUUUUUGUUUCGGUUUUGGAUUUAGUUUUGAUAAUCUUGUUUAUGUAACUUGAAUUUUCUGUUAAGGUGUUAGUAUUAAGAUUAUUAUAUAAAUUUGUGUUUUAAAUUUGAAUGUUUUCAACUUUUAUUUCAAUAUCACUUUAUGUUUUCCAUUGAAAAUUUCUCUGUAAUUCCUCCUCAUGUUGUCCUCAUUGAGGAUGGGAAUAAUCAUUCAUGGGUUUCAUUGUCAUUGGGUAACCCUCUUCGUGCUCUUGGAGAAUCUAUCUCUUUUGGGAGGUAUAUGUCCGAAAGCUUGAAUUGGGAGAAAUGGUCGGUAUUCACGCAAAACCGCUAUGUUGAGGAAGCUGAAAAAUAUUCAAAACCAGGUUCUGUUGCUGCUAAAAAAGCUUACUUUGAGGCUCAUUAUAAGAGAAAGGCAGCUGAGAAAGCGGCUGCGUUGGUCGAAGAAGCAAAUCCAACUUUUGAUUCGGAAAGUUUUGAAAAAAACUGCACUGAUGCGUCCGCUCAGAUAACGUCAGAAACUGAGAGCGUUGAGAUGGUCAAUGAAGAGAUAACUAAAGAUAUUGUCGACUACCAUGUUGUUGAUUGUGAUGAUGAUCGAAACCAAUGUAAAUGGGAUGACAGGGAAACUGAUUUGGAGAUAAAGUCGGAAGCCGAUAGCAUUGAGAUAACCAAUAUAGAGAUAGAUAAAGAGACUAUUGUUUACCAAGUUGUUGAUCGUGAUGAUACAAACCAAUGUAAAUGGGAUGGCAGAGAAAAUAAUUUGGGGAUAAAGUCAGAAGCCGACAGCAUUGAGACAACCGAUAUAGAAAUAAAUGAAGAUACUGUCGAUUAUCAAGUUGUUGUUUGUGAUGAUACAAACCAACGUAAAUGGGAUGACGGAGAAAAGGAUUUAGACAUUUCCGAGGUGGAAGUAGCAGAGAAAGUCCUAUAUCCUUGCAAUGAUAUGAAUCUUAAUGUAGAAAGUUGCAUGCUUGUUGAUAAUUCUAAUCAGCUUGAUCAUGUUGAAGUCCAUAAGAAUACUGUCAUCUCCAUUGAAGAGAAGGCACCUGAUCCUGGCAUUACUGUUCAGGAAGUUUUGGCUUUGCCGGUCAAGGGAAGAGAAAUAAAUUCUUCUCCAAAAUCAUUGGCCAAAACUAGGGCUGAAAAACUGCCUCCUUUCUGUGAACAAAGGAAAUCUUCUGCUGUUGUAUCAUCACGUAGAAUUGGAAUAAUCAGUGGUUUGAAAUGUGAUAACUCUAUUGGAGGCGUAGUCGAAAAGAAUAGACUAACCGCACGGUCACUCCACAAGUCAAUCAGUCUUCCUUCUGGUACUGGUGAAACAAGCAAAACAGCUGAUGCAGCUUUACGAUCCAGAAAUGCCACAAACAGAUUUUUACCAAGUAAGAAUUCUGUUGGAAGCUUAGUUGAGAAUAAGAGAUUGGCUACAUCAUCACUUCACAUGUCGAUCAGUGUUCCAUCCGGCACUGGUGUAGCAAAUAAAACCACUACUACUGCAUCAGUUAAACCCAGAAACGGAACAAACAUUGUUGCAAAAAGUUUGAAGUCUAUUGGAGCCUCAAUGGAGAAGAGACUAACUUCAAGGUCACUCCACAUGUCUAUCAAUCUCUCUUCUGGUGCUGGCGAGACAACACGAACAGCAACACAGGCAUCUCACGAUUUGUUAAGUCAAGCUCCAGCGAAUCUUCCUUCUCAAGGCAGAAGCUGUCUGAAAUCUUCAAGCACCACCCAAAGCAAUCCCCGACUCCCUACCAAAUCAUUGCCUUUUAGAUUCAGAAGUGAAGAAAGAGCAAUAAAACGCAAAGAAUUUUUGCAGAGGUUGGAAGAAACUAAAUCCAAGGAAGAAGAGAAAGUUCAAAUACAAAGGAAAGCAACUUCUAGUUCUAGCACAAUAAAAAACUUGGGAAAAUCACGGAAGCCUCUAAUCAGCACCAAUAAUCCCAAACGUAUUACAGAGAUGAAUAACCGAACAAGGCAAUCAGGAACUUCAUUAUCAAAUACCUCAUGGGAAAAUGCUUCUCCAAAUAUUCAGCAUUGAGAACAUGAAAUUGGUUACCUGAGACUGUCUUUCGAAGAACAUGCUGUCAAAUAUAGUAUACUAACAAGUUAAUACACCGUGGUUAUCGUUUGAUUGUAAGAGGAUCUUUGGAGGUUCAUUUCGUGAUAUGUUUUCACAUUUAGAAGGAAAAUUUUGUAGACCUUUUUUUUCCCUUUUAGUAAAUCUGUUACUGUACUAGGUUUAGGGUAUAUAUACCUAAAGGUUAUAUAUAUAUAUACCUAGAGGUAAAUAGGGGGCAUGAAUAUUCUUUAGUUGGCAUUAAUUUGCAUGGGUUAAAAUUACCAUUGUUUUUUGUUUUUGACAAAUAAAUAAAUUUGCUAGUGGCUCACCACUUUGAGAUUAACCA